AUGGAGAACUGCAAGUUGUUGCUUUCCAGCCUUCAAAAGAGAUGGCCUGAGACCAACCCAGCGACAGGCGAGAUCGUUGCCCACUGUCACUCCGCUUCCAAGGAGGACGUCGUCUCCGCCGUUGAGCUCGCCCACGACACCUACAAAUCCGGCGUCUGGUCUCGUGCUCCCCGUCAUGUCCGCGCGGAGGUCCUCGAACGAGCCGCCAGCCUCUUCGAAACCCACCUUGCCGCCCUCAUUGACAUCGAAGUCACGCAAACUGGUCGAGCAAUCCGCGAGAUGAACGCCCAAGUUCCCUCCCUUGUUAAAUGGUUCCGGUACUACGCCGCCUUGCUCCGUACCGAAGAACGCUCCGUGCUUCCUACCGUCGGCAAACUACACAACUUCCUCGAUCGUCGACCGCUGGGUGUGGUCGUGCAAAUUACUCCCUUCAACCACCCCCUCCUGAUUGCUGUCAAGAAGCUUGCUCCAGCCUUGGCGGCAGGUAACUCGGUGCUAUUGAAGCCGAGCGAGUUGACACCCAUCACAUCACUGAUGUUGGGAAAGAUCAUGAAGGAGGCGGGUCUGCCGGACGGAGUCCUGAGCGUACUGCCCGGGUACGGUGCUACUACUGGGAAGGCGCUUGUUGAACAUCCGCUUGUAAAGAAGGUAGAUGUCACGGGCGGGACGGCAGCGGGACGGGCCAUUGGUGAGAUCGUGGGGAGAAAUUUGGCCAAGUAUACGGCCGAAUUGGGUGGGAAAGCGCCACUAGUGGUUUUCAAGGAUGCCGACUUGGACGCAGCUGUCAACGGCAUCGCUUUUGGAGCCUUUAUUGCGAGUGGGCAGACGUGCGUGGCCGCUACGAGGAUCAUUGUUCACGAAUCGAUCUACAGUGAAGUGCUUCAAAGAUUGACAACCAGAGCUACUUCCAUCGAACGGCGGAUGGGCUCACCCAAAAAUCCCGAGUGCAUGAUGGGUCCACUGAUCUCAGAGCGGCAGCUGAAGAAUGUCGAGGAGCUAGUGGAUGAGGCGUGUCUAUACCACGAGCGAAUUGUACAAGCAGGCGGGAACAGACUGGAGGGGCGAAGUGAACUCGAUGAUACAGACUUCUCCAAGGGCUACUACUUCCCACCUACCAUACUUGCAUACAAUAAGCCAACAGAUAGGAGCAUUCUCAACGCAAGGAUCUGGCGCGAGGAGGCAUUUGGCCCGGUUGUUGUGAUGGUCGGAUUUAGUACUGAAGAGGAAGCUAUUGAGCUCGCCAAUGACAGUGAGUUCGGACUUGGGGCAGCGAUAUGGACGCGCGAUCUGGCGCAAGCUUUCCGCGUGUCUGAGCAGAUCGACGCAGGUAUUGUCUGGGUCAACACUCACCAUCGCAACGAUCCCAGCAGUCCUUGGGGAGGAGCCAAAAGCUCAAGCGGUGUAGGAAGCGAAAACGGGACCGAUGCGUACCAUGCAUAUACUACGACCAAGAGCACGAUCAUUAACUAUGCUUCUGCGGAGGAGAUGGCAGCGGAAGACUGGUUUAAAGAGGGCGCAGGGACUGUGAGAUAUGGCUGAAAUCGGCCUACUGGCACUUCAGAUUCCUUCGGGUCUGCC